CGAUCAUCCACUUGCUUCUUGAUUCUUGAUUGUUCUUCACUUCACCCCAACCGUGCUCUUUUUACCUUCCUUGGUGUCGGUGGUGAUAUCAUUCCGGCGCGAGUAUUCCUCAUCUUCUCCCGCUCAUCUAUAGAUGCCCUUUUCACUUUCAUAAUGCUUAGUCGUGCCGUACUGCCUCUGACGAGGCCGAACGUCCUCACCUCGACCGUUCGAGCUUCAACUAUCUCCGUCGCCCACUCGCGUUGGUAUGCGAAGUCCACCAAGCCCAAGACUCCCUACAAGCUUCCCGAAUCCGUCAAGUCUGCCAAGUCGGAACAGUCGCCCAAGGCUCCCUCUCAGAACGACUACUCCGCGGAGCAGGCCGAAUUCGAUACCAAGGCUGAACCUGAACCGGCCACCGAAGCCUCUCAGACCGGCUCUACAGCUCCCCAGAAUGAUGCUCCUCAAAAACCCCUGCCCGAUCUCACCCAGGGCAUUCCCUCCACCCUUGCCGCAGAAUUGGAAGCCGCCUCGAAGAACCGCGGACCAAGCAAGCUGAACCUUACAGAGGACCCGUCGCGUGCGGAAGAUUACGAUGAUGGUGGCCGUGACAUUUCCAACUACGAAUCCUCCCUCGAUCGCAAGCGCGCUCGCAUGGCCAACCUGAUGUAUGUCCUGUUCCUGCUGGCAGGUGCUGGUGGUGUGGCCUAUCUGGGCCGCAACUGGGAGACCGAGGAGGAAGAGAAGGCCCACCCCGAUGUGCCAUCAGGUUGGGGCUUCGGACUCAUGUACAACCGUGCCAAGGCCCGCUUGGGCGAUAUCACCAGCUACUACAAGGACCCUGCUUUCCCCAAGCUGCUGCCCGAUGAGGAUCCUAACAUGCGUCAGCCUUACACCCUUGUGCUGAGUCUGGAGGACCUCCUGGUGCACAGCGAGUGGAGCCGUGAGCAUGGAUGGCGUGUGGCCAAGCGUCCUGGUGUCGACUACUUCCUCCGCUAUCUCAACCAGUACUACGAACUUGUCCUCUUCACCAGCGUGCCCAGCAUGAUGGCUGAUCAGGUUCUCCGGAAGCUUGACCCCUACCGCAUUAUCCGCUGGCCCUUGUUCCGUGAAGCCACCAAGUACAAGGACGGAGAGUACAUCAAGGACCUGUCCUACCUCAACCGCGACCUAUCCAAGGUGAUCUUGAUCGACACCAAGGAGGAGCACGCCCGCCUGCAGCCCGAAAAUGCCGUCAUCCUUGAAAAGUGGCUUGGUGACUCCAAGGACAAGACCCUCGUCGGCAUGAUCCCCUUCCUCGAAUACAUCGCUGGUAUGGGCGUCGAGGACGUUCGUCCCGUCAUCAAGUCCUUCGAAGGCACCCAGAUCCCCGUGGAAUUCGCCAAGCGUGAGAAGGCCAUGCGCGAGCGCUUCGAGAAGGAGCUCGCCGAGGAGCAGAAGAAGCGCCCCCGCAGCGGUCUGGGCAGCUUCGCCUCUGCCCUGGGCCUGAAGUCCACCCGCACCCUGGACGGCGAGCAGAGCCCCUCGGAGGGCUUGGCCCAAGGUAAGAUGCUGUGGGACCAGAUCCGUGAGCGUGGCCAGAAGAACUACGAGAUGAUUGAGAAGGAGAUCCGUGAGAACGGCGAGAAGUGGCUGGCCGAGAUGGCCGCGGAGGAGGAGAAGGCCCGCCAGGAGCAGAUGGCCAUGAUGAAGGGCUCUUUCACCGGCAUGUUCGGUGCUGGUCCUAAGCAGCAGUAGAUGCUUUCUUGAGCGAUGACGCGGUGGGGCGCAUGAAGCGCUCGCCCGCAAUGACCUUCUCUUCUCUCUUCCGCUGCUUACUUCCCAUAAAAGAAUUUUAUUGGGCUAUUUAAUGUAUAUCCGAGAUGCCAUCUGCUCGAUGGUCUCGGGAAUGUGGGGUUCACAUUAGAGGGGUUUUUCUUGUUCUUUUUUCGUUUCGUUGGCUCUUGCGCGAUUCAUCACGGGUUUUCGUCUCCGUUGUAAAAUAGCAUUUGGUUGUGUAUUUGGUUUUGCGGUGUAUAAAUUGAUAAAUACUAAUGAAGUCAAAAAGAACCUUCAUUAUCCUUGA